AUGGAAGCUAAGCAGUCAUCCCAGCCGUCACCCCACGCCUCGCCAGUCGUCUCGUCGGAUGAGAGCGACCUGGAGAUCCUGGACUUGCCAGGUUGGGACGUCCGGCGGCUCCAGUCAACGAGGAGGGUCCUCCGGGUGAUGGCCCGGGGGGCCAAUGGAGUCACGGCGAUCCCGGUGGGAAAGGCCAGGACGGAGGAAAAGCCGGGCAGCCCGAGGGAUCUUACGGCAUUAACGCCAGGGCACUUCCUGAUUGGAGAACCUCUAACGGCAUCACCUGAUAUUCACCAAUCAAGGCGACGCACAGGGUUACUCACUCGGUUGAAGCGGAUCGAACAACUACGAAAGGAAUUCUGGACACGUUGGAGCCACGAGUACUUACAUGAGCUACAGAAUCGAUCGAAGUGGCCAAGAAGUUGCAAAACAGUAAAGAUUGGUGAUCUGGUUAUAAUAAAGGAAGACAACAUCGCUCCGUUGAACUGGCCCCUGGGACGCAUCGUAGCAGUCCAUCCUGGUAAAGACGGCGAGAUCCGAGUGGCAGAAAUACGGACAACAUUCGGCAAUAUAACUCGUGCCAUACAUCGACUGGCGGUGCUACCAAUCAACGAUAAGAAGGAAGAACCCGACCUCUAA